GGCUGUCUCCCGACCUGCAGUCCAUGGAGCAGAUCCGCCGCAUCAUGCGCCCCACUGAUGUCCCCGACCAGGGCCUGCUCUGUGACCUCCUCUGGUCCGACCCCGAUAAGGACGUGCAGGGUUGGGGGGAGAACGACCGUGGGGUCUCCUUCACCUUUGGGGCCGAGGUGGUGGCCAAGUUCCUGCACAAGCACGACCUGGACCUCAUCUGCCGGGCGCACCAGGUAGUGGAGGACGGGUACGAGUUCUUCGCCAAGCGCCAGCUCGUCACCCUCUUCUCAGCACCCAACUACUGCGGGGAGUUCGACAACGCUGGGGCCAUGAUGAGCGUGGAUGAAACCCUCAUGUGCUCCUUUCAGAUCCUGAAGCCAGCUGACAAGAACAAGGGCAAAUAUGGGCAGUUCAGUGGGCUGAACCCCGCCGGCCGCCCCGUCACCCCCCCCCGCAACUCUGCCAAAGCCAAGAAGUGAGCCCCAAAACCCCCC